AUGGUUGGAGAGGCAUCCCUGUACCCGUCGAUGGCUUCUCUCGACGGCGAACCUCGAUGUAUGUUUGUGGACAACUGCCAGACUGGCUCGCAACUACGCAAAGCCAUCUCGCAUCUAUUCGGACGCAACAAGGCCUGCACCUUACGUAUUCCUAAGCAAGUCUGGGUGUAUUACUGCCGCAAACAUUAUCAGCGGAUUCGAUAUCGCAACGCCAAGACGUACCCGCUCAACCAGAUGUACCUCGUGAAGAUGCAGAUCAAUCGACUCCAGAGAUGGAGCGACGAGAAUCAACGCCGUGGGGUCGGACCAUAUAUCAAGAUGUGGACGUUGGCGUUGCGCAAGAGGGAACAAAAUCGUCUUGACAAAGAGACAGGUGCUUCAAACGAAGGCGGUGACGACAACGCUCCGGAGACAACAACGGGCUCGGCCGCCCCUGACUGGAUCAUUGAGCGCCUGGGAAGUGAAUACACAACCAAGGACAUGCUCGCGGUCGCCGAUCAGCUGUACGCCGAGAUUGAAAACGGCCUUCUCGGUCAGGUCCCUGAAGUCGAGUUUCUCCCAGACAUUACCGAGUCAGAGGUUGGAAUCACCGCAAAGUUGGUCAAGAGCCGCAAACAAGGCCGCAUGAUUGCCAUUCCAGUUGAGGCCAAGGCCCACAAGCGCCGGCUCUCUGAUACUGGAGAUGCCAUCGACCAAAGAGGCUCCUUGUUUCCUAGCCAGUACGAUGGAGUUGAAUCCGCAACUCCUUCGAGGAAGCGAUUUUGCGGCAGCUCCCUUGAAGCCGAUCGCUACCGACCUCCGCUUCAAAUGCACAUUCCGUCCAUCGCCGACUACGCCAACAACCGCGUGUCUCUGCCCGCGAUUGACCAGCAGUCGAUCAUGCCGCGUGUCUUGCCUGCGGUACCCAGGAUGCAGAUACCUUCCCCUGGCCGCUCUCAGGGACCAGUUGCACACAUGUACGGAGCCUCUCCCAGCGAGUUCCGGCGCCCAUAUGCUCUUCCUGGCCUCUACAGCCACGACCACCAGCAGCACUCUGUCCAGUACCGCAUGGCAGCCGAGUCACCUCUCCAGAGAAACAAAGAUGCCCACAACCAGCAGAGGCUGCCGUCCAUCAGCGCUCAUCUGGCGGGAACCAGCAACAUGCAAGACUCAAACUUGGCCAUCCCUUGGGCCUUGAUCAGUGACGGCACAAACGUCCCACGACCUCCUCGCUUGCGGUCAUACAGCGACAAUGUGCCUACAAGCCAGUCUGCCCUGGACUAUUCUCGGCCCAUCAGCUCGAGCGGCGCUCCUCAGUCAGGCUUGACCUGCUUCGACAACAGAAUUGCAAUCCCUCCCACCAACGCGCCGGAGUACCGCGACCAUUCUCAGGGACGCUGGACCGAAUCCACCUAUGCUUCAGGAUGGUUCCAAAGACCGGGCGCUCGACAACAGAAUCACUAUGAUGAUCAAGUGACUCGCCCUCGACUGGAUAGCUUACGAGCGGCCAACAAUUUUGGUCCAGCUAAGCUACGCACCGCAGCUGAGGGAGACAGGGUUGAGGCUCAUCGUUACGGAGACAUAUGGGUUCCUGCCGAGCAGUUGGCUUUGAAGACGGCUGGAGAAGGACGUGAGGACUAG